AUGGCGGUUCAGAAGAAGUAUGUUUGUGCCUUUUGUGCCAGAGCUUUUACUCGUCUGGAACACAAACAGCGCCAUGAGAGAAGCCAUACCAACGAAAAACCCUUCCACUGCAUGCACUGCACUUCUGCCUUUGUCCGCAGAGAUUUGCUUCAAAGGCACUGUCGAACCGUGCACAGUAUCAACUUAUCAUCCGCCAACUUCCCCAAACCAGUGGACAAGAAACCCGUAGACGACGGGAGGUCGUCGAGCUCGAACGAUGACUCGAGCCUUAGUCCCUCCAACUCUCAGCCCAAUCCGUCCCAUUUGACGAUUCAAACGGUGGUGGCGGGCGAGUUUGACGGGUCUGCCAGGCCUCGUUCCAACUCUGUCGCGAGUAUUGGUGUUGCCAGCGUCACCAGCGCCACCAGCGGCACCAAGGAUGAAAAUAAUGACUUGGUCAGCUUGCUUUCCAUAUCCAAACGCCUUUAUCAGAUGCUCACCCAGUUUGACGUUGACAUCACCAAAUACACCGAGACCGAGCUCAAUGAGAUUUUUUUGAUCGGGUACAUUGAGUUGGCCAACACCGACAGGUUCCCGGUUCUUGAAGAGAUGCUCAAAAAGUUGUUGCACCACCUCAACUCAAACUUGCUGGACACCAACAAUUUCAAGGUGGUUCUGGUGUACACGGUGCUCGCGGUGGGGUUUAACGUUAAGAACAAUAUGGGACUGUCGAUGGAGCUUUUCAACAAAGGAUGGAACCUCUUGACCUUGAAGCUGAUUCCCAUGAAGGAUAACAACAAUAAUGCCUCCAACCAGAUGGAGAUUUUAAACAACUUGUUUCUCUUGAACUAUGUGUUUCUUGAAUAUAACCUCGAUGCCCCCAAACAAGAUGCCGGUCAUUUUGCCAACAUGAAUUUGAACUCAGACUUGUUGUUCAAUUACCUCAACGACAUUGCUCUGAUUAUCUUGACCAACUUGCUUCAGGAGAAGGACCGGGUAGUGGUGUUAAAAACCCACAUGAAUUCGUUCUGGUCCAUCUACGUGUUGCUCUCCAACUACUUUGUUAAUAGCUACCCACCCAAAUUCUACAAUGUGUUUUUGGACCAGGUGGUGAUGAAGAACCAGACGUUAUCCCAGGUGAUGCUCGACUUGUCACGUACCAUUCGGUUGAUUGAGUCGAGCUUCGUCAAAGAAAUCAUCACCUGUACCCUCAUCAACGAACUCAACCACUUGAUCCACUUCAACAAGUUGUUGAUCUAUGACCUGAAAAACAGCUUGCACAACUCGAUCAUCUUGAUCAACAAGUCCGUCAUCGACUUGAGCCUGAACAACAAGAUUUUUGAGAUCUUCAAGAAGAAGUUGAUCAUCAACUGCCCCAUUAAAUUCAACGACUUGCUCAACCACUACAUUUUUCAGCCACUGCACAAGUAUGAGUUCAAUCUCUUGAGCGUGGCCUUGAAGGAGUUCAACUACAAUCAUAACUACAACUACAACUUCAAUUUUAACUUGUUCAUUCUCAAUAACCUCAAGACUGAUCUCUUCAAGUUUUCCAACGGAUUGUUACCGUUCUUCAACACCUCGGUCAAUGAGAUCAACAACAACCUCGGUAUCAUUGGCUUCCCCAUCAUCUUCAACGCCAGUUUUCUCAACGGUAAGUUUGGCAUUUUGAACGUGCACCAGCUGUCAGACUUUGAUAAGCGAAACUUGAACCUCUUGAUCAUCGAGUGGUACUUGACGAUGUUUAAGAUCUUGGUGAACCUUCAGAAGAAUGAGGCGUUGGUAAAUAACUACAUAAUCCAGUGUGUGUUGUACCUUUUGAAUGGUAACGAGCAAGGCUUUCAAAUAAAUCGAGCUGACUGGUUCAUGGAUAUUUUGAAACGGUUGGACGGAGUCUACCACGACUGGCUUAACUUCAUUGACCACAAAGACUACUUGGUCGACUUCAACGCCAACUUGAACAGUUUUCUCAACAAUUUCAUCAGUUCCAACUUGGUGGAUAAUGACUCCAACUAUACCACUUUAAAGACAAACCUCUCCACCACUUCGACGUUAUCCAACGGGUCGGGCUUGACGGGGACGCAGAUGUACCCAGCUCUUAACUACCAGAUGGGUCAUCCAAUUGGAGGCUAUAAACCAUUUGACUCGCGAUCUCCCGAUAUGAAUGCUGGAGGUCUACCCCAGCUUUCGAGCGUGGCUGCGAGCAUAAGCAAUGGUAGUUUCAAGUCGGUGCUAUUGCCCAACCCCGAAAGAGAAAAGGAACGAGAGUUGAUGCUUCCUCCAAUCAAGUCUCCCAUUAACAAGGUGACAACGGUGCAGCCGCUUGUGUCGGACCUACACAAUUGA